CAAUACGAUUCCCAAAGUUCUAGGGCUUCUUUCAGUCCUGGAGCACCGGUAUGAUGAAACACGGAACAAACGGCAGUUGUACUUCAGGUGGUCAUCAACACAGUCCGUCAGCAUGGCUCAGUGCACAUUUUGGACAUUUUUCGCCUUAGUGGCAUGUGCUCAAGCCGCCACGUACAAAGUCACAUCGCAGGUUUAUAUGGACCUGACGAUCGACGGUGUGCCAACCGAGCGCAUGGUCAUCGGUCUUUUCGGCGAGGAAGCCCCGAAAACGGUGGAAAAUUUCCGCCACAUCUGCACAACCGGAAUCGACGGAAUCACGUACAAGGGCAGUCGCAUUCACAGGGCGAUCAACAAGUUUAUGAUUCAAGGUGGAGACAUCGUUUCUGGAGAUGGUCAUGGAUCCAUCAGCAUUUACGGGAAGUACUUUGAGGACGAAAAUCUCAACAUAAACCACUCGCGAUCGGGACUGAUUGCGAUGGCGAACCGUGGACCGAACACAAACGGGUGCCAGUUCUACAUUACGACCAUGCCGGCGCCCUGGCUCAACGGAAAGCAUACCAUUUUCGGGAAGGUUAUCGACGGUCAGGGUGCGGUGCACAAGGUCGAGCAGCAGAAAACCGACAGUGACGACUUUCCGGUGCCGAAGAUCAUUGUGGAGGACUGCGGAGAUUUUCCGAUGACCGAUACGUACACGGUUUCGGACGAUCCUUACGAUUUGUGGGCGUGGAUCAAAGCGGCGUACCUACCGCUCGGAAUGAGCUUUGGUAUUUUAGCUCUCUUUCAGUACAUCAUUCGUAAAUUAGACAUCUAUUCUUAAAUUGUGACCAAUUUGAUGUAAUAAAAUGCGUGGAAAAAAUGCCUGAAUUUAAAUUACUGACUAAAGCAAUAAAAAUUUGAAUCAGUUUAUAAGCUCUCGGGAAUUUUGAUGCAUAUAAACAUUGAAGUCAUUUAGCGACAUUAGAAGUUAAGUUUCAUUCAUAAAAAUAUGUUGUUCUUUUAAAUGCAAAGAUGUACCAAUGCUUACAGUUUUUAGAACCAACUCCCAACAGAGGCUCUAGAAUUUAACUUAUUUUUGCAGAUUUGGAACCUUUUUUUUAAGGGGGGGGGGGGGGAUAUUUCUCAAUGGUUACAAAACAAAAAUAAAGUUCUUAAAUUUUUAAAUAUUUUAUUUCUUGCAAUGUUAAUCAUUAAUCGUAAUCAAUAUGUACAAAAUAUACAGAAAAAGGUACAUCAUUAUGAAUGGAUCACAAUCGGUUAUUAAUAAUAUUACGCAGUUUUUCAACUUAUUUUCCCCACCAUUUGCUUUAUUUUUGUUUUCUCUUUUACUUGUUUUUUUUUUUUAAUUUCUCCGGUAGCCUUAUUUGUUUGUGUUUUUCUUUUUCGUGAGUGAGAGUGAGUGUUCUUACUAUAAUUUUUGUCAGUGAUUUUCAUUCUUUUAUUUCUAUGCAGAGCGAUUUUGUUUACUUCCCUUUUUGUAGUACUGCGUGUGUGUGAGUGUGAAUGUGUAGCGUGGCGCUAAACUUGCUCCACCAACACUAUUUAUGUCUGUUAUGGCUAUUUUUGGGGGAUAGAAUCCAUCCUGUUUUGCUGCUGGUGGUGGUUUUGCACAUACACAUUACAUUUACAAUUUUGCUAUCUAAAUACUUCCGUCCAAUUUAUAAACACCUGCUUGUACUCCUUCUUUUUUCCAACCCCAUUUUAGUUGUGUCUGUGUGUGUAUGUGUGUGAAAGUGUGUAACGUUUGAUUAGUUGUAAUUCUUUUACUUUACUAUCAUGUCAUUUUAUGGUUUCUGUCGCGCUGCGUU